AUGUGGUAUGAAGAUGGAAGGGGAAAGGCAGGUAUGGAAGAGCAUGAGCAGAGCUUGAGACUGAGAGAUGACGCUGAGAAACAGGAAGAACGUCAAACAAAGGUAGAUGACUGUGUGGUCCACCAAAAUAUGCAUGAGUUGUUUUUGGAGAAGAUGAGAGCCUUGUGCGCAGAUGAGUACAGAGCCCGAUGCCGCAGCUACAGCAUCGGCGUUGGCGCCCACCUGUUAACCCUGCUGUCCACUAGGAGGCACCUGGGCUUGCUCCCGCUGGAGCCCGGCGGCUGGCAAGCCUCUUACGACAGAGCUUGUGAAGCCUCGGGCUCCAACUCUGGCAACUCUGAAGAAAAAGACAAGGAAGGUGAGGAAGAAAACGAAGGUGAUUACAUGCCCAUGUACUACUGGGGCUCAGGAAAUGGCCGGGGCUCUGGAGGAGGAAACCAGUGCUCAGGUGGCAGUCAGGGAUCUGGAGGUGGCCAGGGCUCAGGAGGCUGGGGUUCAGGAGGUCAGGGUGCUGGAGGAAACCAGUGUUCAGGAAAUGGCCAGGGCACAGCAGGUGGCCAUGGAUCAGGUGGAGGCCAGAGGCCUGGUGGUGGCCAUGGCUCAGGUGGUGGCCGGAGACCUGGAGAUGGUCAUGGCUCAGGUGGCGGCAAGAACUCAGGAGGAGGCAAGGGCUCAGGAAGUGGGAAAAACUCGGAUGACGGUGACCGUGGAAAAUCUCUGAAGAAAAGAUCAUACUUUGGUAAAUUCACUCAAAGCAAGCAACAGCAAAUGCUGCCUCCACCUCCUCCUCCACCCCCGCCAGCCGGAGGAGCAACUGGUGGAAAAAGCAAGUCUGGGGGAAGAUUCCGACUUUAUUUUUGUGCAGACAGAGGGGCCACAAAAGAACGCAAAGAAGCCAAAGAGAGGAGAGAUAGGGAAACUCCAGAAGGUGCCACCCGGGGGCCUCACAGAGCCAGAGCUUUCGAUGAAGACGAGGAUGACCCAUACGUGCCAAUGAGGCCAGGGGUGGCUUCCCCUCUUGCAUGUUCCAGUGACUACAUGCCAAUGGCACCUCAAAAUCAAAGCCGCCACUCUAGGUCACCAUUCGAAGAUUCCAGAGGAUAUAUGAUGAUGUUUCCCAGAGUGAGUCCACCACCACCUGUCCCAAGUCCCCCCAAAGCACCGGAUACUAAUAAAGAGGAUGACUCUAAGGACAAUGACAGUGACAGUGACUACAUGUUUAUGGCUCCUGGAGCAGGUGCAUUUCCUAAAAAUCCCCCCAAUCCUCAGGGAGGCUCUUCCUCCAAAAGUUGGAGCUCUUACUUUUCUCUGCCGAGUCCUUUUCAGAGUUCACCUUUGGGACAGAGCGACCACAGUGAGUAUGUCCCAAUGUUGCCUGGGAAGUUCCUGGGGAGGGGUGUAGACAAAGAAGCCUCCUUUAGCCAGGGCACCAAAGAUGUGUCUUCAAAGCCUUCCACUGAGGGCUCAUUCUCAAAACCUGGAGAUAGGGAGUCACCUGCAAAGCCUUCAGAUGACGAGCCCCCAGUGAACAAGGCUAAGAGACCUAACCGACUUUCUUUUAUUGCAAAAGGAAACAAAAUCAAGCCCAAACCAGAAGAGCCCACACAGGAGCAGAGAGGAGCUGACAGCUCUGGUGACUAUAUCAACACUGACUUCAUUAAGAGAGAGCGCCCUGUGCCAACUCCCUCUGCUCAAGGACUGCCAGAUUCAUGGGGCUUAGUUACUGACCCCAGACGCACAGCUUUUUCCAGUUACAUGAAUAUUGAAUUAGAGGUGCCCUUUCCAAAUCCAGCAAUCCGCCUCUCAGAUCUUUUAAGAGUUCUACCAGGUGCCAACUCCAUCUCUCUGGAUCUGGCGGCCGGCGCUGCCGCUCCCCCACUGCCACCUCGCCAGCGAAGAGUGCUGAGACCCCCAGAGAGAGCUGAUUCCGAGGACGACGAGGAUGAUGGCGACGAUAUUUACGUGAGAAUGGACUUUGCCAGACGCGACUACAAGAAGUGA